ACAGAAUCUGGCUAUUGGGGUAUAGUUAAUUGAUGACCGCAGUACCAUAAGGGUGCUUAUUGUUCUGGUACAACGACGUACCAGAUAAGCGGGAGCCGUUGUAGUGUUGCCAGAAUGGUUGUCAAAGGACGUAGAAAUCGUGACUACUUACGCAAUGUAAUGAAUACCCACUGAUUCGCUCUUAUCACUCUUCCAGAUCUUUGCAUUUGUCGUUCAUUUGUCGUGAUUACCUGGUCGUUGGCGAAGUCCGUUGCUUGAGAUAUGAGGACAACGGGCCGCAGUCCGUAAUAAUGUCGGGUCUCGAAUAGAGACCUUUACCCAACCUGAAGAAUCAACCACCUACCAAUGGCCGUUCAAUCUUUAUCAAGCCAUCGAACAACAUGACAGAAACUUCAGACUCUUCGAACCUGCCGUCGUCACCGUCAUCCCGACUUUCAACCCCUAUUACCGAGUCGACCGCGUUGUUACGAAAGCCGACUAUUGGAGAUCAGGAUGAUGCCAGACCUCAGUAUCGACAAUGGCUUAGAGAAAUUUGGAUAUUGGUAAAGGCAUCGAUACCUGUGAUUCUGGCCUACGCUCUCCAGAAUAGUUUGCAAGCAACAUCCAUCCUUAUAGUCGGACAGCUCUCGCCGGAAGCGCUGGCCACAGCUGCUUUCUCUUACAUGUUUGCCACGUCAACAGCGUGGUUAAUUGCACUUGGGGGCACCACAGCGCUUGACACCCUUGCUUCCAGCAGCUUCACCGGAUCACAAGAUCGACACGACUUGGGAGUCCUGUUGCAACGAGGCAUUUUCAUAUUCACCAUCAUGUAUGCCAUCAUCGCCGUACUAUGGAGCGUAUCGGAACCGCUAUUCCGUGCUCUAGGACAGGAAGAGUUUAUCUGCGUCCAGAGUGCUAAGUUCUUGCAGAUCCUCAUCCCAGGAGGUCUUGGGUACGUUUGGUUCGAAACGAUGAAAAAGUAUCUGCAAGCACAAGGAAUUUAUGAGCCGGGAACCUAUGUUCUUUUCAUCACGGCCCCGCUCAACAUACUUUUAAACUGGUUGCUUGUCCACAAACUGGGGAUCGGACUGUACGGGGCGCCGAUUGCUACGGGUAUCAGUUACUGGGCAUCUUUCCUGCUCCUCGUGGGCUACGCAGCGUUCGUCCGUGGUUACGAAUGCUGGGGCGGACUCAACCCGAGAGUGGCUAUCGCCCACCUUUGGCCAUUUACACGUCUAGCGUUGCUGGGUGUCGUGCACGUCGGCACGGAAUGGUGGGCUUUUGAGAUUGUAGCGUUGGCAGCUGGACGACUGGGGAUGAUUCCACUAGCAGCGCAGUCGGUUAUCAUGACCAUGGAUCAGAUCAUCAAUACAAUUCCUUUUGGGCUGGGAGUUGCCGCUUCCUCUCGGAUUGGCAACCUCCUGGGCGCACAAAGAUCACGGGAUGCAGCUCGGGCAGCGCACUGUGCGGCGGUGCUAUCGGUACUGAACGGGGCCAUCAUCCUGAGCAUCCUCAUGAGCACGAGGAACGUGUUUGGCAAGAUGUUCAACGACGACGAGCGCGUCGUUGGCCUCGUAGCAGAGGUGUUGCCGCUUGUAGCACUGUUCCAGAUCGCGGACGGCCUGAACGGGAGCUGUGGCGGGGCACUGAGGGGGAUGGGGAAGCAAUGGGUUGGAGCGCUGGUCAACCUCGUCAGUUACUACGGCGGCGCACUGCCAACGGGGAUAUAUCUCGCGUUCCACGGCUGGGGCUUGGGGGGCCUCUGGCUCGGCAAUUGCGUGGCCUUGUACAUCGUGGGAGUUCUUGAAUGGGGCAUCGUGGGUUUGACCAAGUGGGAUAAAGAGGCAAAGAAGGCCAUCGAGAGGCUCCAGGCCGGCGGGGUGGGUUUACCGGGGACUGAAGCGGACAGCAGUCCAUUAUGAUGAUAUCUGAUAAUCCAAUCUGACAGAUAUGUAGAAUGAAUGGCUAGGAACAUUCUCGCGGCGUUCGGUGAGGCGUUGGGACCGAGAUUGGCGCGCGGCUCGUGGGAAUUGAUGCAACAGUGAGACAUGCCACUGUCCUUCACU